CCAAUUAACUCUACUAGCGCAAUGGCCCCUUCUCGGUUCUUCGUCAUCCUUGCCAUCUUAGCCGUUUUUGCCCCUUCGAUUCUGGCAACAAAUUACAUUGUUGGUGACGAUGAAGGUUGGACUACUGGCUUCGAUUACCAAGUCUGGGCUCAGGGAAAGAUGUUCGUUGUUGGUGAUAACCUUGUAUUCAAGUACCCCAAAGGCGUCCACAACGUGCUUAAAGUGAACGGCACCGGGUUUCAACAGUGUGCAGCUCCAGUCGGCACUGCGCCAUUAACAAGUGGAAAUGACGUCAUCAACCUAGCAACCCCAGGAAGAAAAUGGUACAUUUGCGGUGUUGCUAAGCAUUGUGCUGCUGGGCAGAAGCUCCUCAUCACGGUCAAGCCAUCAAUUGCUCCCAUCCCAGGCCCCCUCCCUGCUCCCAGCCCCAGUCCCCUCUCUGCCUCAUCCGCCGCUCCUAGCCCUAGCCCCACUGCAGAAUGCAGCUACUAG